AUGUUUCUUGAAAAUUUAUUAAACGAACAUCAUCAUCAUCAUCAUCAUCAUCAAAGACAAUACCCACCACAUCCACCAUACUAUCAUCCAUAUCAACAUUAUCAUUAUGAUGAUAUGAAACAAAAUAUUUAUUCAAAUUAUUAUCCUGGUCAUACUUAUACUCAUGUUCCUCCUGCUUCUCCUUCACCACCACCACCACAUCCACCACAUCCAGAAUUUGGUUUUAAUGAUUCACCAUUUAAUGACUCUCAUCAUCAUAGUCAUCAUCGUCAUUCACUUCAUCAAGAUGAUCCUAUGAGACCACAUGGUCAUCAUCACCACCACCAUGGUCAUCAUUGA